AUGUACGCAGAACUGGUCGGUCCGCCGUACUCGCUGGAGGGCCGUGAGGGCAUGCGCAAGGGCCAGUUCCAGCAACUCAUGCACCAGAUCAAAGUCCCCAUGCCCCGCACUGGUCCGUUCAGCUCUACGAUGAACGACCGACUCUUCCACAUGUUCGACAAGCGCAAGAGCGCGCGGGUCAGCCUGGAGGACCUGCUGCACGGACUCCACGUACUCAGCGGUGACUCCAAGAAGGACAAGCUCGCACUGGCGUUCAAGGCGUUCGACAUGGGCAACCGGGGCGUCGUCACGCUGGGCGACAUGGCGGCGGCCAUCAAGGACAUCACCAAUAUCCUGUACGUGGGCCAGAAGAUCCCCACGCCGGAGCGAGUGAAGGUGUUCGCCACCGGAGUGAUGGCGCAGUACAACGACGACAAGGAGGAGGAAGCCGCGUACGUGCUGAGCGCGGAGCAGUUUGUGGCGUCGGCGAUGGACUCGGCCCAGAUCGCCAACCUCUUCUCGCUCGGGUCGAUCUCGGCCGACGACGCCAAGUCCGCCGCAGCGGACGCCGAAGAUCACGAGGGCAACGCCGCUGAGGAGCCUGCGCCCGCGCCGAGCAAAAGGGCCGCACCGACUGAAGCGGCCAAGCCCAAGCCAACAGCCCCGGCGGGCAACGCCGCCGCCGCUGAUGUGGGAAUGCGCGGAAUGGGGCGAGCAGCGCCGGCCGCCGGUCGCGGCAUGCCGCCGCCAGCGGGGCGAGGCGGAAUGGCAGGGCGUGGCGCGCAGCUGCAGCAGCCGCCGCACGGGCCUCGGGCAGCUGGUGGGCCGCACCACGACUCAGAAGCUGCGGUGCCGCACGCCCGCGCCGCCGAUGCGGGCGAGGUGCGCAUGCGACGGCGGAGCUCCGGCGAGAAGGACUCGCGCGAGAAGCGGAAGAGUGGGAGUUCAGAGGGCGGUAAGCCCACCGGGCCGGCAGCGGCGCCCGCAGCUGCGUCGAUCAGCCCGCGCGGGCCCAAGCCGUCCCAAGCCCCGCCCACCACCAGCGAAAAGGCGCCAGCGCGCAAGGAAUCCGCGGGCCGCACUGAGCCCGGCGAGGGCACGGAGACGAUGGAAGAGAUGAACGCCCGGCUGGUGGCUCACAUCCGCGCGCUCCAGUCCGAGCUGCGCAAGUACAUGGACUUUGACAAGGACAACAAGCAGGAGGUCGAGCAGCUCAACUCGCAG